UACGGGUAGUGAGAUCAUGAGGGGACUGCUUCGUGCUGAUGGGUUGUUUGUCCAGCGACGUAGGGUCCGUGAAACCCUAACACAAAUAGAUCCAGCUGCGGCUGCACGCAGGUGGAGUAGUGCCAUUGCCAGGAGAGUUUACCAUGUGCCUCAUCCCAACAGUCUAUGGCACAUAGAUGGAAAUAUGCGGCUAAUUAGGUGGGGUUUUGUUGUACACGGAGCCAUUGAUGGGAAAUCCCGCCUCAUAACCUACUUGACCUGCAACACAAACAACCGUGCCUCCACUGUGCUGACCCAGUUUGUGAAGGCAACAUGUCUUUAUGGUCUUCCUUCUCGAGUACGAUCUGACCAUGGUGGGGAAAAUUCGCAAAUCGCCCUCUUCAUGAAUCUUGUGCAAGGUGUGGAACGGAGAAGUCACAUUACAGGAGAAUCUGUUCAUAAUCAGCGCAUUGAGCGGCUCUGGAGAGAUGUUUUCCUGCAUGUGCUCCAGUCUUUCUACAACUUAUUUUACACUCUAGAGGAUUCUGAGCUCCUUGAUCCAGCUGAUGAUGUUCACAAGACCUCCCUGCAAAUUGUUUUCCUGCCGGAAAUUCAGAAGAGUCUGGAUCAGUUCAGAAAUGGUUGGAAUCACCACAAAAUAAGAACAGAGAACAACAAAACACCUGUCCAAAUAUGGACCGCAGGAAUUCUUACCAACAUGGAAACAAACUGCAGAGCCAUCAACAACGUUUUUGGUGAGGAUCCCUAUAGCACACAAACUCUAGAAGAUGCGUUGGCACAACAUGGCAUAAACAACUUUCCUGUGAACGACGAUGAUGUUCAUUUUCCAGCUGUAGUCCUGGAGGAACCCAGAAUCAAUCUGAGCCACCAGCAUCAGCAAAACAUCAUGCGGACAAUUGAAGCCAUCCCAGAUGUGACCGCUAAGUAUCAGACCUGCUGCAGAGAAAUUGCAGAUACAUUACAGAAUGCCUGAAAUCAACUUGAUAAAGCAUGUUUGUUGUCCAUAUUACACUCCACUGUGUUUGAAAUUAUGUGUUCAAAAUAACAUUUGGAGAAAUAAAUGUGGAAGUUAGGAUUUCUUAGUGAAGAGAAUAAAAAAGUCC